AUGACAGACAAGAUACCCCCGUCUGCUGACACCCUGCUGAAGGGUGCCGCAUCGCGUUCCGCAAAGACCCCCGAGGAGAUCGCCAAAGAAUAUGAUCUUCUCCCAAAACUCAUGCCCUACCUCGAUCGUCACCUCGUUUUCCCCUUGCUCGAGUUUGCAUCUGGCCAGGAGGAAGGGGAUGAACAGGUCGACGAAUUAACCAAGGCAAAAUAUGAGCUUCUGAAGCAGACAAACAUGACAGACUACGUCGCGAACCUGUGGCAGGAAAUCAACAACUCCGAGACAAUGCCUGAGGAAUUCGUCAAGAAGCGGGAAGAAGUUGUAAAGAAAUUGCAGCAAUACGUUGAGGACAGCAGCAAAAUCACAGAGCUUUUGCAGGACGAUAAUGUGGUCAGCAAUCUACGAAACGACAAGGCCGCGAACUUGAAAUUUCUUGAGGAACAACAUGGUGUGACGAUGGAUAUGGUUAAUAUUCUUUACGACUAUGGCCGGUUUCAAUAUAGCUGUGGUAGCUAUGCAAACGCUGCUGAGCUGCUUUACCAGUUCCGUGUCCUGUCUACUGAUAACGACAAGGUUGCGUCUGCUACGUGGGGCAAGCUUGCCUCGGAAAUCCUGACCACCAACUGGGAGGCUGCGAUGGAGGAAGUCCAAAAAGUAAAGGAAUCAAUCGAUACCCGCCUGUUUAACAACCCGCUCGCCCAGCUCCAGCAUCGCACCUGGCUGAUCCACUGGUCCCUCUUCCCCUUCUUUAACCACGACCCUGCCCGUGACACUCUGACCGAUCUUUUCUUCUCCCCUGCCUACAUCAACACGAUCCAAACCGCUUGCCCAUGGAUUCUUCGAUAUCUUGCUGCUGCAGUUAUCACCAGCCGCAGCCGUGCCCAUAAGAAUACAUCACUGUAUCAAAAGCAAUUGAAAGACCUCAUUCGCGUGGUACGACAAGAGCAAUAUGAAUAUCAAGAUCCCAUCGUAGACUUCAUUAAGGCGUUGUACAUCGAUUUCGAUUUCGAAGGGGCUCAGCAGAAGCUGGGCGAGGCGGAGGAGAUUCUGAGGAAUGAUUUCUUCCUCGUUGCCGCGGCAGAUGCAUUUGUCGAUGCGGCAAGACAUUUGAUCUCGGAGAGCUACUGCAAGAUUCACCAGCGUAUCGAUAUCAAGGAUCUAUCUACCCGACUUGGUCUGAACCAAGACGAAGGCGAGAAGUGGAUUGUCAACCUUAUCCGUGACACUCGUGUCGAUGCGAAAAUCGACUACAAAGAAGGGACUGUUCUUAUGAACCAUCCACCCCAGUCAGUAUAUCAGCAAGUCAUCGAGAGAACCAAGGGUGCAUUUUUCAGAACGCAAGUGUUGAGUGCGGCUGUCGCCAAAUAAGUAUAAUCGAGAAAGAGAUGAUUACGGAUAGAAGUUAGUAGUUCGAUUGAAAUAACGAGAGAAGGACUGGAAACGGGAUUUAAUGAUACAACAUGCGGCCUACUCUUUCUUUCUUUCUUUCUUUUUUUUUUAAUCCCUCGGUCUCUAUUCUUCUUUUUGUCCUAGAAAAAGAAAAAUAUCUUGUUGCACGUGAAGUUCCGCUUUUUCCUUUUCGCGACCUUAUGUCGAUCUACCCCUAUGAUGAAUGGCCGUUGGGCAUCUGGCUGGCGUUUUAACAUUUUUGUUUUUUUUAAAAAAAAUAUUUUUUGUUAUUUGAUUCGGAAUUUUUGUCGACUAUUUGCGCUUCUUCUCAAGGUUUUCUUUCUCCUUGGCCCAUGUGAUAGAGGAUUUUCACAGCAGUCGUAGAUCUCAGUCGGGUUGCGGGAAUGGACUGGUUAUUGUUAAACUUACUGAGUCUCCUUUUGUCAUCCUUAGAAAGACGUGGCAUUGUUGUGAUUGACCGCAUGUAGGAUGGAUACUACCUACCUACCUAUCUAUUUCACCCGAGAAGCCAAACCUAGCUAAGAUUUGUUUUAUAAAAGCGAUAUUACAAGCG